AUGAGUACCUUCAACAGCCGUGUUGGUGACGAGGUGGAGCUUGCGCAACCCCCAUGUCGUGAUGUGUCACGAAAAAGCUUCAAGCAAAGGAGACUGGAUGGGACAACAAGCUUACAAAUUCCUCCCAGCCCAACUCCUCACCAACCCGCAGCGGAUGAUCUCCCAUUGCGUCUCAACAUCGUCAUCCAAGUUGUUGGAUCUCGCGGCGACAUCCAGCCAUUUAUCGCGCUGGGGAAACAGUUGAAAGCGGUUGGACAUCGUGUUCGAUUUGCCACUCAUCUGACUUUCAGAAAUCUCGUUCUCUCCGAGGAGCUCGAAUUUUUCAACAUUGGUGGAAAUCCAACCGAGUUGAUGGCGUUCAUGGUGAAGAAUUCUGGAUUGAUCCCGAAACUUGAAACCAUUCGCCGUGGCACCGUUCAGAAGCGGCGACGCGAAAUGAAGCAAAUCAUUGACGGAUGUUGGCACUCAUGUUUUGAGACGGGGGAUGGGACGCAUCUUCAUCAUAUCAUGGAUGAUGUCUUGGGCGAUGCGACGGAUUAUCGACGGCGACCUUUCGUGGCGGAUGCAAUCAUCGCCAAUCCUCCUAGCCUGGCUCAUAUCCAUUGCGCCGAAAGGCUAGGAAUUCCGCUCCAUCUAAUGUUCACGUCACAGGGGCUCUUACCGAAGCCACUAGAUUGGCCUGACCAUAUCGAAGUGUGUGGGUUUAUUUCCACUCCACAGGAGCCAGAUUACCAGCCCCCGCAGGAGAUUACCGACUUUCUCAACGCCGGAGGUAAACCAAUAUAUGUCGGAUUCGGAUCGAUCGUGGUGGAUAAUCCAACCCGACUGUUCAGGAUUGUUCUCGACGCUGUCGCAAGCAUCGGCCAGCGCGUUAUAAUCUCUAGGGGCUGGGCUGAUCUAGGCGAUGAGGAUCGGGAUCUCCCAGAGAAUGUCCUCGUCAUUGGAAGCAUACCCCAUGACUGGCUCUUCCAGCAUGUCUCUUGCGUGAUACAUCACGGGGGUGCGGGAACCACUGCUGCCGGACUUGCCCAUGGCUGUCCAACCGUCAUAGUUCCUUUUUUUGGUGACCAGCAUUUCUGGGGGAAUGUGGUUGCUAAAGCCGGGGCGGGCCCCGCACCAAUUCCUUACCGGGACUUGAGUUCGAAGAAGUUAAUGGAACGUAUUCAGGUCGCUCUUCAGCCAGAAAUUCGGCAAGCAGCACAGGAGAUUCAGGUCAAGAUGUCUAAAGAAUCGGGACUUCGUGACAGCGUGCGAAGCUUUCAUAGGCACCUUAAUCUUCAGCUGAUGCAGUGUGACACGAGUCCCAAACGUCCAGCAGUCUGGCGUGUCAGGCAUACAAAUGCCAAGCUGAGUGCCUUUGCAGCUUCCGUUCUUCUGGAAAACAGGAAGAUAUCUCCACAGGAUCUUCUUCUUGUUUUGGGUGAACCCUACGAACACUUUGACCCAUACGUACAAUGUCAACGACACCAUACGGCCGAGGGGAAGAAAGGCAUCAUGGAUAGGCUACACGGUAUCAAACUCAAAAAGCCCUUCCAUCUUGGCAACGAGAACCGUGUGAAACACAUUCUGGCUAAGUUAAGUCCGCGGCACAGCGAUGGACAAACCACAAAUCUCCGGCUUACAGAGCAGAAAUCGUCGUACGACAAUAACAAGUUGCUGAAAAUGCAUCAGAUCGCCUCUAAGACUGCAUUUAUUCUUAGCAUCACGUCUAAAAAAGCUCUGUAUAUCUUCAUUAAAUUACCAGCCGAUAUCUCACUGACUCUGAGUAAGAGUUUCCACAACGCUCCAUUGUUAUACAAUGAUCACCUGGUAAAGCCGCGUCCACAAGUCACGGGCGUUUUGACUGGCUUGAAAGGCGCUGGAAAGGAACUCAAAGACGGCUUCUAUGACGGCGUCACUGGGCUAUAUCUUCAACCUCUGUAUAGCUUCGAGCACGGCGAGGCUAAGAAUCUUUCUAGUGGUCUUGCUAAGGGCUUGGCUGGCCUGUUAAUUAAACCUUUAGCAGGACUUUUUGGGGUUGUUGGCUAUCCUCUGCACGGUCUACGCAAGGAGGUUAAUCAAUCCUUGAGGAAAUCAGUGGAUGUAUAUCUGAAAGCGUCCCGGUUUGAACAAGGUCGCGAAGAGAUGCACAUAUCUUCCGCAGAGGAGAGGAUGGAAGUCCUUGAGAAUUGGGCUUCGAUCGAAGUGAUGCACGAAGUAAAUCCCAAGCGAGGGCAACGGCGCAUGUCGAAGAUGCUGGGACUUGGUAACCGGAAGUGA